AUGGCCGACGAAUAUAAACCUCCGGCCCUGCCGUCCCCCUUCACCAACACUACACCAGCCCCCACACUCCUCGUGCAAGGCGCCGAGGCCCACCUCUACAAGACCGUCUCUCUCGACCCCUCCAUCCCAGCAGCCCUCAAAGUCCGCCCCUCCAAGCCUUACCGCCACCCCAUUCUCGACCGCCGCUUGACUCGUCAACGGAUCAUCCAAGAAGCUCGAUGCCUAGUGAAACUGGUUCGGGAAGGGGUGAGUGUCCCCGCCGUGCUGGCGAUGGAUUGGGAAGGGCAGGGCGGCGAGAGCGCGUGGGGAGGUGCGUGGUUGAUGAUGGAGUGGAUUGAGGGACCUGUGGUGCGAGUGGUUCUCGAGCAGUGGGAGGCUUGGAUGAAGAAGAAUGCCGCCUCAUUGGACCAGAGUCAGAUCCAGAAGGAAGAGGACCGAUUGCGGGGUCUGAUGAAGCGCAUUGGACAUACACUCGGUGGUCUGCACAAGGCUGGCGUCGUGCACGGAGAUCUGACGACGAGUAACCUGAUGCUGCGCUCGCCCGCUCAGGAAACCACCGACAGCCCGACGGGAGUCUCCAUGGAGGGCGAGGUCGUCCUGAUCGAUUUUGGUCUGGCGGGACAAAGUACGCAGGAUGAGGAUCGCGCGGUGGAUUUGUAUGUGCUGGAGCGUGCCAUUGGCAGCACGCACCCCCGAUCGGAGCCUUUCUUCGAGGAAGUCCUGAAUGGAUAUCGGGCCAGCCACAAGGGAACUGGAUCUACGCUUAAGAAGCUGGAGGAUGUGCGGUUGAGAGGCCGCAAGCGGAGCAUGAUUGGAUAA